AUGUUUGAUAAACCACCUGACAGCCUUCUUCCCACUUCCCGGCAUGCAGCCGUCGCCGGAUGGUUUUUCGGGCCGAAAGCGGAGAACUUUGACUAUUUGCAAGAGAGAAUCAGCAAGCUUAUGGAGGAGCAGCAUGAGUACCGGUCUGAUCUGUACGAAGAUGACCCACCUUUCAUCACGGACGGCAUGAAAAGAACCGAACUGUACCGUCGGCAACUCGAAAAGCUGAACCACGAGCUAGAUACUAUUGGUAAAUGGCUUCGGGAUCAUUCUGUGCCUUUCUUCAGUCCACGGUACAAUGCUCAUAUGAGCAUGGAGACUUCCAUGCCGUCACUGAUUGGCUUUAUAACUGGGUUGUUUGAGAAUCAAAACAACGUCGCUCUUGAAGCUAGCCCGGUGACAUCAAUCAUUGAAGGCGACGUGGGUAAACAGCUUUGCUGUAUGCUCGGAUAUCGCACACCUCCUGAUACCCACGCACAUGUCCCUCCCCCAUGUGAAUCAGAAAGCGACGCUCCUGUUGGGUGGGGACACAUUACUUGUGAUGGUUCUGUUGCGAACCUCGAAGCCAUUUGGGCGCUGCGGAACCUCAAGUUCUAUCCACUCUCUUUGAACCUGGCAAUUACCGAGGGCGACCUUGGCUUCUUGAAGGAUGUGGCCGUAUACGGCGUCGUCGCGAUCAUCGGGUCUACGGAACAUGGAGCAAUAGAUCCCCUGCACCAUAUUCUUAAUUUGCGUGAAAAGUUCGAAAAACAGGGAAUGUCCUUCGGGGUACAUUGCGACGCGGCCUGGGGUGGCUAUUUUGCCUCAAUCCUACGGACACGACAAGUCUACAGCACAUACACUGGAAACCCGGCAUACGUACCGAGAAUGUGCAUGUCGGAUUAUACUGUUUGCCAGCUUGAUAAACUUCAACAGGCAGACAGCAUCACGGUUGACCCUCAUAAAUCAGGCUAUUGCCCCUACCCAGCCGGAGGUCUCUGUUACAGAGACGGGAAAAUGCGCUAUCUUGUGACAUGGACUAGCCCGGUCGUUUAUCGAUCUAUUGAUCAAGAGGACAGCAUUGGUGUCUACGGAGUAGAAGGCAGUAAGCCAGGUGCAGCGGCCGUCGGAGUAUAUAUCUCUCACAACGUCCUGGGCCUUGACAAAGAAGGCUAUGGACAGUUAUUGUCAGAAGCAAUAUUCACGUCGAAGAGGUUUUACUGUCAAUGGGCAGCAAUGAAAACCAGACAAAUCCCCAUUGAAUUCAAGAACGGUGACGAGGUUUUUAAGACUGUGAAAGCGAAGCUCCGCGUCAGGCCCUUUAAUAUGCUUCCAACGGAGAAAGACGGAUCCUGCAGCGAAGAUAUCGAGGAGCAGAAAAGGUUUAUCCGCAAACACAUACUGAAACGCAGCAAUCAACAGGUUAUGAAGAACCCACGUGCUCGGGAGCUUCUUCAGAAGCUGGGGGCAGACGUCACAAUCCAUACAUUUGCAUGCAAUUUCGAAGUGGAUGGAAAGGUCAACGAGGAUAUUAACGAAGCGAAUUAUCUCAAUAGUCGGAUCUACCAAAAAUUGUCCCUGUCGUCAAUUCCUGAUAACCAAGACACCUCGAAGAUCCCUUUAUUCCUCACUUCCACUCAGAUGAGUCAGGCUUCCUACGGGCGCAGCCUGGAUCAGUUUAAGCGGAGACUGGGACUAAAGGGGUCGGGAGACUUAUACGUCCUUAUUAACGUCACAAUGAGUCCAUGGCCGUCGGCUUAUAACUUCGUCGAGCAUCUGGCCGAGAAGUUCAGAGACCAGGCAGAAAAAGACAUGGAAGCUGCUGUACGCCGUAACGUGGCGUUUCCUGAUCUUCAUGGAUUUAUCAUCCAAGGGUACCGGGGAGACCGCAUCUGCGGUGUUCAUCUGCCGAUGUUCAACAUGCAGAAUCACAGGAAGCAACUUGUUGUCUCCUGUAAAUUGCCGCGGGAGGUGCAUGAUAAGCUUAUCGGGUACAAGGAAAGCGAUCCGAAUAUGUACUUCACCUUUGGUAACCAGGAUCCAGAAAUCCUGUCCGAUUUCAUAUCAAGAGGGUCAUUUAAAGGGGUGGUUCAGCGGGGUAUCCCGGGUAUGCCUGGAUACGACCAAAUUGCAACGGACGUACAGAUCAGCGAUGUUACGGUUCAUCUGGACCGAUCUCUCGAGGCUAAACGCCAAAGCCCGAAAUACCCGGCGAAAAUGCCUUUUUUCAUAUACUCCGCACAGGAUCGGAGUGGAGACGCCGCAAUUUAUAACAUGGAUCAUAUUUUGACCCGGGGCCCUAAUACGCAGCUUACCUCCGAAAUGGUGGAGAUCACGGGAGAACUCGAGGACGUCAAAUCAUUUAUCAGAAACGGCUGUUGGAUCGUUCUUCCGAAUGUCGACGAGCGGACAAUGCAACCGCUGUUACCCAAAGAUGACACGGUAAAGACAUCCUUCAAAUACACCAAGAACUUUCCGUUUGCCCCCGGUCAGACUUUCGAGUUUCUGGCAUUUGAAACCGAGGGAGAUGCUCUCAACUAUGAUCCGACAACACAAGAUACACCCGAUCCAAUCUUCCGUGGCGAGGUGAAAUUGGGUCCCUGUUUCGCCAACUAUGAUAUGCUUAACGCCGAUGGAGGCUCUGAUGCGGCCACAGAAGACCCAUCGGAAUUGGCUCAUCCCGCUGGGAAUGUCUCAAGUCUUAUGGCAGAUCAUCCUGUUCCGUCAUCUAUGGUUGAAUUAAAGGACAGACACCAGUGUCAAAAGAUCGAUACACUCAAACAACGCCUUAACAAAACCAGAAGACAGCAGGCGAGGGCGAUUAUUCCUCAGUGGGUGUCCAAUCUAACUGAUCUGGGUGCCGAGGAGUAG